AUGAUAUAUAUCACUCAGGAAGAUGCAUGGGCGGUUAUCAGUGCAUACUUCGAGGAGAAGGGUCUCGUUAGGCAGCAACUGGACUCUUUCGAUGAGUUCAUACAGAACACCAUGCAAGAAAUCGUGGAUGAGUCUGCUGAUAUUGAGAUCCGUCCUGAGAGUCAGCAUAAUCCUGGCCGCAAUUCUGACUUCGCCGAGACCAUCUAUAGGAUCAGCUUUGGGCAGAUAUAUCUGAGCAAACCCAUGAUGACCGAGUCUGAUGGAGAGACUGCUUCUUUGUUCCCAAAGGCUGCCCGAAUGAGGAACUUGACUUACUCAUCUCCACUGUACGUAGAUGUUACCAAGAGAGUGAUAAAGAAAGGGUAUGACUGUGAAGAAGUCACUGAGACUCAGGAUUUUAGCAAAGUUUUUAUUGGAAAGGUUCCAAUAAUGCUCCGAUCAAGCUAUUGUACAUUGUAUCAUAGCUCGGAGAACGAUUUAACGGAGGUGGGAGAGUGUCCUUAUGAUCAAGGUGGAUACUUCAUUAUCAAUGGAAGUGAGAAAGUUUUGAUUGCUCAGGAGAAGAUGAGCACCAACCAUGUCUAUGUGUUCAAGAAAAGGCAGCCUAACAAGUAUGCAUAUGUGGCUGAGGUUCGGUCUGUGUCUGAAUCCCAAAACAAGUCCCCUAGUGGCAUGUUUGUCAGGAUGCUUGCUCGGACAAGUGCCAAAGGGGGUUCGUCAGGGCAAUAUAUCCGGGCUACACUGCCAUACAUAAGGACAGAAAUCCCAAUAGUAAUUGUGUUCCGAGCAUUGGGUUUUGUUGCAGAUAAAGAUAUACUAGAACAUAUCUGUUAUGACUUUCGUGAUACUCAAAUGAUGGAGUUACUUCGCCCAUCCUUGGAAGAGGCAUUUGUGAUUCAGAAUCAACAGGUUGCACUGGACUACAUUGGUAAAAGAGGGUCUACCAUUGGUGUCACUCGAGACAAGAGGAUUAAGUAUGCCAAAGAAAUCAUUCAAAGAGAAAUGCUUCCACAUGUUGGCACUGGGGAGUACUGUGAAACUAAGAAAGCUUACUAUUUUGGAUACAUCAUCCAUCGGCUUUUACUUUGCACACUUGACCGGAGGCCAGAAGAUGACAGGGACCAUUAUGCAAAUAAGAGGCUGGACGUUGCUGGUUCUUUACUUGGCGGCUUGUUCAGAAUGUUAUUCAGAAAAUUAACCAGGGAUGUUAGAUCCUAUGUUCAAAAGUGUGUUGAUAAUGGGAAGGAUGUUAACUUGCAAUUUGCAAUCAAAGCUAAAACAAUUACAAGUGGGCUUAAGUAUUCUCUUGCUACUGGGAACUGGGGCCAAGCAAAUGCAGCAGGCACAAGAGCAGGAGUUUCGCAGGUGUUGAAUCGUUUAACCUAUGCCUCCACACUCUCGCAUUUACGAAGGCUGAAUUCGCCCAUAGGGCGUGAAGUGGGUUCAGCAGCUAAUCCCAUUUUGGAGUUCUUAGAAGAGUGGAGCACAGAAAAUUUUGAGGAGAUAUCUCCAGCAGUUAUCCCUCAUGCUACAAAGAUCUUUGUUAAUGGUUGCUGGGUUGGCAUUCACCGUAACCCUGAGCUCUUGGUGAGGACUCUGAGACAGCUGAGGAGACAGCUUGAUGUCAACACAGAAGUUGGAGUUGUCCGUGACAUUCGUUUGAAAGAACUCCGGCUCUAUACAGAUUAUGGCCGCUGUAGUCGGCCAUUGUUUAUUGUGGAGAAACAAAGGCUGCUUAUCAAGAAGAAAGAUAUCCUAGCCUUGCAGCAAAGAGGUUCCGCUGAGGAUAGUGGCUGGCAUGAUCUCGUGGCUAAAGGAUUUAUCGAGUAUCUUGACACAGAGGAAGAGGAGACUACUAUGAUUUCCAUGACAAUUAAUGAUCUUAUAUCUGCAAGGCUCAAUCCAGAUGAGGCUUAUUCUGAAACUUACACUCACUGCGAAAUACAUCCAUCACUAAUAUUGGGUGUUUGUGCUUCUAUCAUUCCAUUUCCUGACCAUAAUCAGUCCCCUCGUAAUACCUACCAAUCAGCAAUGGGAAAGCAAGCAAUGGGGAUGUAUGUCACCAAUUACCAGUUACGAAUGGAUACACUUGCCUAUGUUCUCUACUACCCUCAAAAGCCUCUAGUCACCACUCGGGCUAUGGAGCAUUUGCAUUUUAGGCAGCUUCCAGCUGGCAUUAAUGCCAUUGUUGCUAUUGCCUGCCAUUCUGGUUAUAAUCAAGAGGAUUCUCUAAUCAUGAACCAAUCAUCAAUUGAUCGUGGAUUUUUUCGGUCAAUAUUCUUCCGUUCAUACAGGGAUGAGGAGAAGAAGAUGGGGACACUUGUGAAGGAAGAUUUUGGGUGUCCUAAUAAGGAAGACACAAUGGGGAUGAGACAUGGAUCUUAUGAUAGAUUGGAUGAUGAUGGUUUUGCACCUCCUGGUACAAAAGUCUCUGGAGAUGAUGUUAUUAUUGGAAAGACCACGCCCAUUGCUCAGGAUGAUGCUCAGGGUCAAGCUUCAAGGUACACACGCCGUGAUCAUAGCACAAGCUUACGUCAUAGUGAACAUGGAAUUGUGGAUCAGGUUUUGUUGACCACAAAUGCUGAUGGUUUGAGGUUUGUCAAAGUUAGGAUGAGAUCUGUUCGGUUACCACAGAUUGGAGACAAAUUCAGCAGUAGGCAUGGACAGAAAGGAACAGUUGGGAUGACUUACAAUCAAGAAGACUUACCAUGGACGAUUGAAGGCAUCACUCCUGACAUCAUUGUCAACCCACAUGCCAUUCCUUCUCGAAUGACAAUUGGUCAGCUCAUUGAGUGUAUUAUGGGGAAGGUUGCUGCUCACAUGGGAAAGGAGGGUGAUGCUACUCCUUUCACUGAUGUCACUGUGGACAAUAUCAGCAAAGCCCUUCACAAAUGCGGCUAUCAAAUGCGUGGAUUUGAGACAACGUACAAUGGUCACACUGGCCGCCAGAUUCCUGCUAUGAUAUUUCUGGGACCCACUUACUACCAGAGACUGAAGCACAUGGUGGAUGAUAAGAUCCAUUCGCGCGGACGUGGUCCUGUGCAGAUCCUUACUAGGCAGCCUGCUGAGGGGAGGUCUCGCGAUGGAGGUCUAAGAUUUGGGGAAAUGGAACGUGAUUGUAUGAUAGCUCAUGGAGCUGCACACUUCCUCAAAGAGAGGUUGUUCGACCAAAGUGAUGCAUAUAGGGUUCAUGUCUGUGUGCACUGUGGCCUGAUUGCGAUUGCCAUUCCAAAGAAAAGUUCCUUCGAGUGUAGAAAUUGCAGGAAUAAAACCGACAUUGUUCAGGUUCACCUACCUUACGCUUGUAAGCUUCUGAUUCAAGAGCUCAUGGCCAUGGCCAUUGCUCCAAGGAUGUUCACGAAGGACGUGAAGCUAUCCACAGAACAGAAGAAAAAAGGAGCAUGA